AUGUUUAUAUUAUUGGCAAUUUCGAUAACAGAAUCAAAUGCAAUAUUCAAGAGAGUUCACUCACAAAAUAAAAUUGUUAUUUCUGCUAGUGGAUCAUCAAAACAGUACAUAAAUGGCAGUAUUCAAUUAACAAAACCAGAAUACGCCAUUGAUCCGAUUGAUAAAAGUUAUGACUGGUGUUCAAAUUGCGGAAGAUCAUCAACAGAUUUCCCUUGGAUUAUAUUUUCACUUGAAAAAGCUAAAAUUAAGUUAGAAAAGUACUAUUUGCGUGCUGGAUGCUGCUAUGAUGGCUGCUGCUGUGAAGACUUAAGCUAUUGUGUAAGAUGUUGCCUUUACAGCUGGGCUUUGCAAAUUUCCAACGAUAAUAAGACCUGGAAAGACGUGCAUAAAGUAGAUAAAGACGAAUCGAUGGAGUAUUGUGCCGAAAAAACUUACCAGCUCUCGGAAACUUAUACUGCCAAGUAUUUCAGCAUUAUCCAAACAGAAGCUUGCCCAGGAGAGCCUCCAUGCCUCUGUUUGAAUAAAGUUGAGUUCUUCGGAGACAUUAUAGCCGAUGAUGGAAUAGGCGAAAUUGAUGAUUUCGUUUCUUAUCACGAUGAUGACGAUGAUGUAAGUAUAAUUGGCCAUAUUUCAAAGAACGGCAACACUCGCAUGCAAUAA